UUUUCAAUCGUUUUUUGGUAGUUAUAUUCAAAACUUCGAUUCGAAAAGACUGCAAGAACAGUCCUGAUAUUUGCAAUGAAUUCGAUUAUUUGUUGGUGUUUCUCGUUAACUUUGUGUAUACUUCACAUAGUCGUUGUUCGAGCUGAUAUUUGUGAUCUGUGCUCCUGUGACGGUGAAGAAAGUGAAACAGUUUUGCGUAUAAAAUGUUUAACGGAAACGAAACUCGGUUUGAACGUAGACUUGGAGAACAUUCAAUGGCCAACGAUAAAUAAAUCUGUUGAAGCUCACUUCAACGACUUGCAAUUCGAUCAUUUACCAAAGCUAUUGGGAUCAGCCACGGUUAAAGCCAUCAAUUUAGAUCAUAACUUAAUUGAAACAAUAAAAAGUGAUCCGUUCAAACAGUGCAAGAAUUUGAAAUCGUUAUCGAUAGCAAACAACUCAAUACACGAUCUACCAAAAGAUUUUCUAAAAUCAACACACUUACUGCGUCACCUAAAUCUAUCGCACAAUUCACUAUCAGACAUUGAUAGCGGAGUCUUAUCGCAUUUAACAUCUUUACGUAGUAUUGAUCUGAGCUAUAACAAACUGAAAACAUUGUCUGUUGGGAUAGUGGAUACGUUGGACAACGUUGAGAUACUAAAUUUGGAAGGGAAUGACAUUAUCUUCAUUCAAAUUCCGGAAAGACGGACAUUGCCGGUAUUAAGAAAUCUAAAUCUGGCAAGCAAUAAACUUUCCCUGGUUGGAGUGGCAACAUUGCAGUAUUUCGGAAAUCUCGAAACACUUGACCUUUCCAACAAUUCGAUAGAAGUAAUCGAAGCAGACUCAUUCACACAGCUCACCAAAUUGAAAUAUUUAGAUAUCUCCAACAACGCUCUCAACCAUCUGUCACUGGCACUUCCAGAUGUCAUUGAGCAUCUUACCUUAUCAUCGAAUCAUUUGAAUUCCUGGCCACUUGUCAACUUUCCCGCGACACUCAUUCAUAUCGAAAUACAGAACAACAAGCUAACGGAACUGUUCAGCACCAAGUGGUUUUCCAACAAUUUGAAAUCGUUGAACGUUUCGCACAAUUUCAUCGAAUUUCUACCGUAUGUCGAGUACGCCCAGCUGGAGAUUUUAGAUUUAUCGUUCAAUGCAUUCACCACCGUGCCACAGAAUUUGGGUGCUAAGGCACCAAGGCUUGAUACGCUUAUUUUGGACCACAAUCCCAUUGAGAUCGUUGAUUUUGUGGAUCCGAUUUAUUUGAGAAAAUUGUCCUUGAAAAAUAUGUCCCUGCUGCAGGAUGUAAGUGCGGCUGCGUUGAGAAAUGUUGAUGGACAGGACGAUUGCAUGGAAGUUGUGAUAAGCCACUGCGAAAAGUUGUCGAAUAUCGAUCGCAACGCAAUGAGACAUUUAGAUCUGUGCUACCUCGACUUAAGCUACAACAAUUUGUCAUCGAUUCCGGAGCUACUUACUAACUGGACCCGACUAACUGAAGGUAUCGAUUUGCAAGGUAAUCCAUUCGAAUGUAGCUGCUCUGAGCAGUGGAUGUUGGAUGUCAUACUGCAACAACUGUAUUUGAACGAGUCACAGCAGCAUUUGCUGUACAAUUUAAAGUGCAACGGACCUGAAGACUUCAAAGGUCAACGGUUCGUGAAAUACUACAAGAAACGAGCGGCAUUCUGCAAUCCAAAUUCAGCAAUGCGAAUGGCCUCGACUGAGGACCAGAUUCAACUAUCUAGCUUCGAGCGGUCAUUAGGAAACAUCCACUUGAGUCUAACUGCCGGACCGGGAUGUAUAAUCGUUAUCGUACUGAGCGCAAUCUGUAUGAUUUUGUUGGUCAUCGUUGCCUUUCGAUGGAGAAAGCAACAACGAGAACGAAUCGAACGGCAAAGGAUACUACAGUACUAUGAUUACAUCGAGUAUGAAUGAAAUGCGGGUGGACGUUGUUCGCCUUGUUGGGCGGUUUAAUUAAAUAAUUCUUUUCUACUAAUCGAAAUAGAAACCGAAAAUAAAUUCAAAAACCAAUAUCACAAAAA